AUGCAUCUGGGGUAUGGCCCGAAGGGUCAGUUUCUAACUAAACAAAAACGACCCGCAGCGGUUGCUUGCUUUCUCAACAAAAUCCCGCUUGAUGAUCGUCAUGCGGCCACAAAUGCCCUUCUCCUCCUUGGGCUGCGUGCGUAUGAACAGGCCGUUGCAGAUGCCCCGGCAGAUGUUCACACACUACGGGCGGUUGUAGCGAUGGAAUUAACGAAUAUCGAUAGUGACAACUCGACACAUGCGCAGGGGAUAAUGCGGGCAGCCAAAGUGAGUGGUAAGAAAGAGGCGUUGACGCUUACACACACUCCCGCUUCCGUGCAGGAUUCAUCUAAUAAGAUAGGGGUUUCUCUUUCAGGAAAAGACAUCACAUCACUAAGGCAUUCAUCAUCUAAUUCAAAAACCGAUAAAAAUAUGUUAUCAAGGGGUGGUAGUACAGUUCGUGAUGGUGAAGGUUGUAGUAGUAGUGGUGGUGGUGGUGUUGACUGUCCCACACCAAUUUUAUUGCAUAAAGCAAAUGCAUUACUUGAUCGUAUAGACAGAACACCUGAAAAUAAGAAUAACACAAGUGCAGGAAGUUUAUUACCACUUGCUUGUAGUGGAAGAAGUAGUAGUCGUGAUAGUAUGGAAAAGCGGCAACUGCGUGCUCAAACCCCUGCUUUAAGUUUUAUUCUUCGAGAUGUUUUAGAAGGGGCGGUUGAACAAAGUGUGGCUGCUUCUAGUAGCACAGGGGUAGCUACUAAAUUUCCUAAUGGGGCUCAUACAGCUACUCAUGGUGAUGAUCAAUCUACAAAUCACGACCUUUCUGUCUAUGAUGUUAGUGAUGGUACUCCUGAAGAACAAGGGAAUGCAGUUGAUCAUCAUGAUAAUGGGAUGUAUAAUGAAAGCACACUAAUUCCGCUAAAUAGCAGCGAUGAAGAAUAUUAUCCCAUAGAUUUUUUGCGUUGUCUUAAGAGUCAUAUUGAAAGUACGAAUGGGGUGCGUGAAAAUCCUCUUCUUGUUGCUGCAUCUAUUCCUCAAUAUUUAUCUAUUUAUACCUUGCGUAGUGGUUUUGACAACUUGUAUAGAAGUCUUCUUGUUUCCUACCAUUUAUCAAAUGAAACCAGUAAAGGCGACCGUCAUGAUAUUGGAAAUUGA